CGACUCCGCCUACUAAGGGCUUCACGGCAACUCUGCAGAAUCCUAUGGGUGACGUCACGGACCCUACGUCCAUUUAUGGUUUUAUCACAGAUCAAAUCCACCAGAUGCUGCUCCACGACUUUUAGCACAAUACAGUGAGGUGAAGGUGGGAUGCAUUGAUCGUAUAGUGCUGCUGUUCAAUUCAAUUCAUUAUCAUUGAGCUUAAUGUAAUACCUGUGCUAAAGCUGAAGGAGAAAUAGCAUUCAAUAGUUGGAUAUAUACCAAAUAAUGGAGGUCUCAACUAAAACAAAACUUGUCUCCCAUCAAAAAGUCUAUUUGCCCACUACAAUACCCCGUCUCUAAAGAGUGUAACCUGAGCUGUGAGCGAGGCGUCGGCCAUACAGUGGCACUAAAGGGGUUGAUACCACUUGGCAUGAUGCUGGACGACAGCCCUUAUUCAUUGUCAGAGGGGCUGCUAUUCACAAUGGAGAAAACGAUGAAAUGCUGCCAUUAUAAUGGGGACCAAAGGCCCGGUGGCAGCCCGACACCUGAUCUCCUCUUUGGCUCCGGCUUCCUUUUGUCCCAGCAUUUCAUAUCUGACAUAUCCACACACCCUAAAAAAGCAGUAGAUGCUGGAGCAGCGAUGGACCUGAGGCUUGGCGUUUGUGCUCUCGGACAUGGGGAAUAAACAGACCAUCUUCACAGCACAGCAGCUCGAUUCUUAUCAGGACUGUACAUAUUUUACAAGGAAAGAAAUUCUCAGACUGUUUGACCGCUAUCGGGAUUUGGCGCCACAGCUCGUUCCCCUUGACUACACCUGCCAGCCAGAUGUGAAGCUACCAUAUGAGCUGAUUGGCAGCAUGCCAGAGCUGAAGGACAACCCGUUUCGUCAGAGGAUCGCUGAGGUUUUCUCUGACGACGGAGAGGGAAACAUGACACUGGACGACUUCUUGGACAUGUUUUCAGUCAUGAGCGAGAUGGCCCCGCGUGACCUCAAGGCCUACUACGCUUUCAAAAUAUAUGAUUUCAACAAUGAUGACUUUCUCUGCAAGUCCGACCUGGAGAAGACUCUGAACAAACUGACCCGUAACGAGCUGACGGAGGACGAGGUGAGGAUGGUGUGUGAGAAGGUGAUCGAUGAGUCGGACCUGGACAACGAUGGACGGCUGUCCUUGGAGGACUUCCAGACCAUGAUCGUCCGAGCUCCAGACUUUCUGAGCACCUUCCACAUACGGAUAUAAAGAAAUGAAGCUUUCAUUUAUUUCUUAAUCUUAAUACCACCUAAUGAUGGACUGAGUGUCUGGAAUGUGGGGGAAUCCUGACUUCUCAAGCAACUAAAUCUAAUCUUGUGAAUAACUAAAAUGUACUUUUUGUUUUCUUUUGUUUUAAAAACCCAAUAAAAACCUA